GACCCAAUGUUGAUGUUGACAUUUGAACAUUUGACAGAUACACAGUGACGUUUUUAACCCCAAAUUCGUCACCUUUUCGAUUAUUUACGUCGCACGAUUAGAAAGUUUUCCUGGAAGAAUACAAUUUGUGGUUGAAAAUUGAGAGCUCAAAUGAAGGUGAACGAGAAAAAUAUGGUGGCAUUUGCCACUUCGGCUACUCCCGUCGAUCGAGAAGGUUGGCUGAAUAAAAGAGGAGAAGUGAAUCGGGGAUAUCAGAGAAGAUGGUUCGUCUUGAAAGGGAAUAUUUUAUUUUACUUUGAUCGACGAGGAGACAAGGAACCUGUUGGAAUGAUCGUCCUUGAGGGCUGUAGAAUUGAACUUGCAGAAGAUGAGGAACAAUUCGGAUUUAAAAUUGUUUUCAAUGGUCCUAAUAAUCGAAGUUAUGUCCUUGGUGCUGAAUCUCAGGAAUCGAUGGAACAGUGGAUGAAAGCCUUAGCUUGCGCGAGUUACGACUACAUGAAACUGAUGGUAGCAGAAUUACAGAGGCAAUUGGACACAGCCGAAGAAGAAACAACAGCGAUUACUCCUCCCCAGGAAUCGCCAAAAGCUCCACCCAGGCAAAGGCACAAUCCUUUCAAUCGGACCGAAACUCAUCAGCGAUCUCAAAGUGUUAGAUCUGCGCCUGGAAGAACCGAAAAUGUCCCAAGAACUCGGGUUUCAUUUCGGGAAUUGCACAACGCCUAUGGAAGAAGAAUCUUAGCAGAUCUCAACGAAUGGAGACAUGCAAAAAGAAAUGCUGAAGCACCUCUAAUUAGCCUUUAAGUCAUUAGCAUUUUUAUUAUUAUAGCUAAGUUAUUGAGCUAUUGAAAGCUCGAACCUUUCUAAUAAAUGUAUAUGAAAAUAAUUUAAAAUAUCUUGUUAAAUAAAUCAUUUGGAUUAAAAA